CCUUGCGCCUCCAUUCCUUUUCCAUUCCCUUCUUGCACGCCUACCCUCACACUUACCUUCGCAAUAAUGGCAUCAGUCGCGCAGUCCCAGCAUCAACUCCCUAAAAUCACGGUUUUAAAUCGUGUUGUUUCUAUUCCUUUAAUUGCGUCUUCACUUGAACAAAUAAAUGCCAUCCUUGAGAAAAACACGCUCACCCGCUCUCCAUACCACGCCGCUCAGGCAAUCACCAACACCGCUUAUAACUACUCGCAACCUAUUCAGAUUCGUCUUGCCCCACUCAUUGACCGCGCAGACGGUAUCGCCAACAAGGGUCUCGAUGCAGUUGAGUCGAGGUAUCCUUAUCCGUUCCAGGCCAAGCCCGAGGAAGUGGCCAACUACGUGCGUGGAACUGCGGGAAAGACGUUUGAGAAUGUCAAAUCCCCUGUAGUUGACGUUGCAGAAGGUAUUGACAAGAAAUUUGCACCGGUCGUUGACUACUUCGAGAGAAUCGCUGGAAAUAUGUCCAAUGAAUCGGGUGGUUCGUCGCUCUCGUCCCCAUCUUCCGACUCUCAAUACCAGUAUCAACGCGCGAUCAACCUUUCCAAGCACCUCAAGGAUAAUUUCUACGUCUAUUCAUCAGAGCACCUUAAGCAAGCACAGUUGCAACAUGUCAUGCGCAUAUAUGCAUAUAUUCUGACCAAUCGUCCCUCAGUCAACGCGCGGGCCGACACUGCUAACUCUAUCUCUGCUCUUACCUCCAGUGGGAUCAAUAACGCUCAAACUGCUUUUCACAGUGUUGCUGAAAACCUGCUCUCCGAGAUGCAGAAAAUACAUCAGUCGAUCGCUCAGCUCCCUCAGACCCUACAGGCUACAUAUCCUGACAUCUCUAAAACCGUCGUGGACUUGCGUGAUACCAUCACGAAUUCUUCUCUCCCUGUUCCCGAGAAGAUCAAUCGCGUAGGCAGAGAGGUCAAAGAGCGCGUGUCUCCGUUGCUUGAAAAGCUCACGCAGCGGAUAAGCGAGAUCAUUAGCGUCCUUGGGUCGAAGGCAGAAGAGGCCAAAAAUACCGCUGAGGCGAAUGGGAACAACGUCAAUUUUUCCCCCGAGUCAGCGUCUCCUCAGUAAAACGCGGAUUCAAAACUGUCAUGAACUUUCCUUUCCAGUUAUCAUUAUCACGUUCUUUCAUUGUCAUCAUGGCUUAUAGAAAUUUGAAUAGAGUAGAGAUUUCGUUCCUCCAUGCACUAUGGUUCACAUGCAUUCAUUGUUGUAUUUUUCCAUUCACCUUGUAGUUGUAUUCGAAGCUUUCAUACUCCCUUUGUCGAUCAGGCAAUCACGAAUGAUUUGUACUGGCAGCACGAGUGACGCCUGCGUAGAACCGAC